GCAUGCACUGGGGGUCUUGGAACAUAUGCCCUGUGGAUAAGGGAGGGCUAGUGUACAAUCAAUAGAAUCUUUUUGAGAAGUUGCUAUGAGGAUUAGCAAGUGAAUACAGUCAUGGACUUAGACCAGUAGUGGAUGUUAAAUAAAUAAAGGUGGAAGUGUGUGAUGGGGUCUCGCCUGGGCAGCCCGGACUCCUAGACAUCAGGCUGGAGGCAGGAUUUCAGGUCUUCAGAAGCCCACCUCGCUGAGGUCCUGAAGAUGGGACCCUCCACCCCAGCCUGCUGGUCGCGGGCAGCCUGAUGUCUGCAGCUUGUCCAGUAAUUUUCCACACAGGCUGAGGCUCAUGCCCCGAUUUCCCUGAUAAGAUUCUGCAGUUACCUCUUUUAUAGGAAUGUGGUUUAUCAACAAGGUGCUCUUGGCUCCAGCCCUCUAGGCACCGCCCAAAGCAGCCAGCAGUACAGGUGGAGCCAGGGCAGGGGAGGCGGGAGAAGGACGGACCUCUGGGCCCCAGCACCUUCCAGAGACAAGGGGAUGCCCUGAGCCUGGAUCCCUCAGGCUGGGCCAGCAGGACGGUAAACCGUGGGGCCCCUCGCCUCAGGCUGGACCAGCUGGAACUAUCAACCUUGGACUCGCUGAGAUUGCUGUUGACUUCUCACCAGUUUGCCUUUGGCCUUUGGAAGACGGCUUCUAGAGAGAAACUGAGGGCGCCUGGCAGAAGGCGUGGUGUGAGAGAGAAAAUUCAGGGUUUCAGCAACAUCUGACGUCAACUGGGGCCAGGCUGCUGUUGCUUCUCCAUCGUCAAGACCAGUCACUGCAUGUUGGGGCUGGAAGGGACCGGCAGACCAGCUCAUCCUGGCUUCCUGUUUUACGCAUGGGGACACCAGGGCCCCGGGAGGGCAAGGUAACAUGGGAGCCAGAACCUGAGGCUCCAAACCUCCAUCCUCCCUUGCCCCCCCACUCCCCCGCAACCUCCUCAGUCCAGUCAAUAGCACCACUCUGCCAGCUCCUCCAGGGGCAUGCGUGGGGGAUAUCCAUCCCUUCAGCCGAGUUCAGAUUAGUCACUGAUCACGGCCUUGACCCGUGGUCUUGGGAAGGGCUUAGCCCAGAUGUGGAGUGCCAGGGUACUCUCCAGCCUCCAAACAAACUUCGGGCCUUGCCACCUACAGUGGGAUCCACUUUGUUAGAAAAGUGCCUUGAGAGAAAAGCAGAAUCCCAGACUUUGGGAAUCACGCUGCAUUUUAAUAGGGUCCCCAGGACAUUCAUGUGCCUGUUGCAAUGUGAGAAGCACUAGGUUAGAGCGAGGCACGUUCCCUCCACCAGCCCAGCUUCCCCAGGAAAUGGAGGGGGCAGAACUCUGACUUCUCCGCCAGAGCCAACACCGGGAGCCAGGCCUUUGGGAGCCAGGCCUUUGGCGUGACCUGCCGUGGGACUUUUGCAUUUUGUAGUGGAUUCUGGAAAGUGGAAUUCCAGCUCCAGCAGGGCUGGGGUAGCAAUCCACACCACUCCCGUGCUGUCUGCCUCACCGGCCCGCUGGCCAGCGUCUCUGCUGGACACCCAGAGCUGGGGCAGCUCCACAGGUCCUGGGAUGCAGCUAAUUCAACUCAAUCCACUUUGGCAAUGUUGAUUAAGUGCCUUCUGUAAGCGGGGGUCUGUUGCCCACCCUGGCUGCACAUUAGAAUCAUCUGGAGUGCUUUUAAAAACUAUUUAUGUGGGCCCUACCGCAGGCCACUGGCGUCAGAGUCUCUGGGGGCAGGUCCAGGCAUAGGUCCUCAUUAACACGCCUUGGGCCAUUAUAAUGCACAGCCGGGUUGAGAGCUGGUGGUCAGAGGUCAGAGAGGUCUACCUGAAAUCCUCCCCAGGCCAUCUCUUCCGCCAGCUAGCUGCAGCGGGAGAGGCUUCCCCUACGAGCCAGGAGAAAUCAUCAGGAAAUUCCCUGGAUGUUAUAACUCGUGACAGCAACGUCUAAUUAAUCAUCAAUCCUGUGACGCAACCUGGCCCAUACCAAGGGGACCUGCUGAGUCUUUGCAAACCUAUCCAGGGGAGUUCUGUGGACACUUCCUUCCAGACCUGUGCCCGAGGACCCAAGGCUGAUGGGGGCCCAGCUCUCCUCCAAGACCGAUGCCGCGGCACCCUGCAAGGCCCUGCGCUUCCACGCCAAGGCCAAGGGCGCGCAGGUGCGCCUGGACGCCGAGGGGAGCGUCGCGCGCCGGUGCGCCACCUUCUGCGACGGCAUCGUGUUCAGCCAGCGGCCCGUGCGGCCCGGCGAGCGCGUGGUGCUGCGCGUGCUGGAGCACGAGGACCGCUGGCACGGCGGCCUCCGCGUGGGCUUCACGCGCCUGGACCCCGCGCGCGUGCCCGCGGCCAGCCUGCCGCCCUUCGUGUGCCCGGACCUGGAGGAGCAGAGCUCCACGUGGGCCGCCGUGCUGCCCGAGGGCUGCGCGCUCGCGGGGGACGUGGUCCGCUUCUGGGUGAGCCGCCACGGCCGGCUCUUCGCGGCCGUCAACGCGGGCCCCUGGUUCCUGCUGCGCACCGGCGUGCUCCUGGGCGCCCCGCUCUGGGCCGUGAUGGACGUGUACGGGACCACCAAGACCAUCCAGCUGCUGGAUCCCACAGCCAGCGCCCUCCCGCCUGCCACGCCGUGGGUCCCCAGGGAGGAGACUCUGUCUGAGCCUGAAGCCGCGGCAGGAGAGGAGUGCACCAUCUGCUUCCAGCAUGCGGCCAACACCUGCCUCAUCCCCUGCGGCCACACACACUUCUGCAGCGACUGUGCCUGGCGGGUCUUCAGCGACACGGCCAAGUGCCCAGUGUGUCGCUGGGAGAUGGAGGCAGUGGCCCCCCUGGUGUGGGGCUCCUGCUCUGAGAACUGAAGAAGACCUCCUGGAGCCCGAGGCAGAUGACGCCUACCUCUGAGCCCGGCCCCUGCGGAGGGACGAGGCGGCCCACCUCUUCAUGGAGAAGAGUCAGAAAGGCUGGUCAGCAACAGGCGUGCAGAGCGGGAGGCCGGGGAGCCAUGGCUCUUCCCCUCCGACAACAGACGGGGGCCAGUGGAGCAAGGUGGAGCCCCUCUUUCUGUCCACACGGGGACUGUCUCCCUGAUGGGGUGCCUGGCUGUGGAACUGGCUCCGCCAUGGGCCAGCGGACUUCUGAUCCGUCAGCUUAGCUUCGCGUUCAUUUGUGCCCAGAGCCCUUGGCUGGCUGCCUGGUACGGAUGUCAUAGAUUUAGCAAUCCCUGGCACAUGUAAGUCCCGGGAUUCUCAAGAACCCACACGUGUCAGUGAGAAGGUCCUUUAUUCAGAGAGCCGGCAGCCUGAUCCCUGACUGUAUCGCAGAGGAAGUGAAGGUAUCUGUGUGUGUCUGGGGAAGCCCCACCCACCCUGGGGAAUGAAGAGCCUGGCCCAGAUGCAGGGGAGCAUCUGGGUAGAAUGUUUAUGGUCCCAUGUAGAAUCUGGGUCACCUCUGACAAGCCCUCCAUAAAGUGGGUCAGUAGUCACCCACCCUGCCUACGUUGCAGGGUGACUGUGAGGUCCCAAUGAGAUCAUGCAUCUGAAGAUGAUUCAACAUGUUGCAGUGCGCUGUUUUCACUGUGCUUAUUUCCUUGCCAAUUUCUGAGAUGUAGAAAUAAAGUUUGUUUUUUAUGAA